UGUCAUGGCGGAGCCGGCCGACGCCCCCCCGCGCGAGGAGGAGGAGCGGCUCAGUUCUCCGCGGAUGAAGCCUCCUCGGGCCCCCUCGGCCAAGGAGUCCGAGAGGACCGUCGAUCACCCCGGCCCGGGGGAUUCCGUGGUGCCGGUGGUGUUCCCGGGCCCCGUCGGCCGGGGAGGCUGCUGCCGCUUUGUCUGCGAGCUCCUGAAGCAUAUCAUGUACCAGCGACAGCAACUGCCCCUGCCCUACGAGCAGCUCGCCCUCUUUUACCGCAAACCCUCUCCGCAGGCAGAAGACGUGGCGAGGCGGAAAGCCCGGGCCGCCACCGAGCCGAGCAGCAGGAAGUGCCAGCAGGCCCUGGCCGAACUGGAGGGACUCACGAGCCGCUUGGAGAGGUUCUUCUCCCGGACGCCGGUGCCCCGGGUGCUCAUCCUGCUGGGGGGCAGCGCCCUGAAUCCCAAGGAGUUCUACGAGCUGGACCUGGCCCGGCUGAGCUGGGGCGCCGGGGAGGGCAGCCCGAGCAUCCCCGCCUGCCUGCGCCGCCUCUUCCGGGCCCUCUUCCUGGCCGACGCCUUCAGCGAGCUGCAGGCCGCGCCCGCCAUGGGCACCCUCGUCAUGGCCCAGGGCCACCGAGAGUGCGGGGAGGACUGGCUGCGCCCCAAGCUCAACUACCGCGUGCCCACCCGGGGCCGCAAGCUGACUCUGACGCUGUCCUCCGAAGGGGGGGACGGGCCAGACUGGGCCUGGGACGACUACGUCUGGUUUCAGGCCCCCCUGACGCUGAGGGGCUUCCGGGAGUGAGGGGCUCCCGCCGGCGCGGGCCGGGCGAGGCUGGGGCUUGGUCCCCGGGCUCCUCCGGCUCUUCCUCGGAAAUCUCAACCGCCGAGCCGCCUUCCCCUUCUCUCGGGGUCUCUCCUGACAACGAGAGCCACGUGGCUGAAGACCCGGCCGUUCUCGCGUCUCAUUCGCGGCCUGGGUUUCUCCGGGCGGGGCACGGGGGCCGACCCGCCCGGCGGCCUGCCCGGAUGAGGCCGGCCUCGCCCGCCUCUGCUAGGUGGGGACGGAUCUCCGCUCCCACCUUGGCCGUCUGGGUCCCGGACGUUUGCUCCCUGCCAAUGAAACGUGCGUCCGGACGCGGGUCGGACGGUGCGAGGGUGUUCGGCAUAAUAACGAAAAUGAGUGUAUUAAAUUGCCCCGGAGAUUGUUUCCUGGCA